AUGCUUUGUUUUGACUUGAAUGAGCCUCUAACUGAGGAAGAUGAUAGAGAAUAUGAUGAACCUUUUAUUGGCCAAACUUUUGGAAGCCAAGAAGAAGCAUUUGUUUACUAUAACAAAUAUGCAAGACGACAUGGAUUUGUAGUCCGCAAGGAUCGUUCAGACACUAAACAUGGGAGGACUAUUAGGCGUGAUUUUUUAUGCCAUCGUGGAGGCAAUCAACGUUUGAAGGUAGUUGAUCCCUCUAAAUCUCGCCGAAAUAAGGAAUCAGCAAGAUGUAGUUGCAAGGCUCACAUGCGUAUUGCAUUGAAGAGGUGCUUUGAUAUUUUUCCAGAGGAAUGGCAUGUAACAAAAUUUGUAACGGAGCAUAACCAUUGUAUGGUGUCACUUGAAGAAAUGCGUUUUUUACCGGCAAAUCGAGUUAUAACUCAAGAGGACGAAAAACAGAUUUUGUUAUACAAGGAAGCUGGGUUGCCGGUUAGACAAAUAAUUCGAGUGAUGGAGCUUCAAAAGAAUGUUAAGCAUGGUACGUUGCCAUUUCUCGAAAAGGAUAUUCGUAAUCUUUUUACUAGAGUUAAGAGGAUGCUUGAGGGGGAUGAUAUGAAAAAUCUUUUACAAUAUAUGAAAUCUUCAAAGCAAGAAAAUCCAUUGUUUCAAUAUGCAUACACAGUAGAUGAAGAAAACAAAAUGGAAAAUUUGUUUUGGUGUGAAGGUGAAAGCUUUGAUUGGUACCAAAAGUAUGGUGAUGUGGUGGUUUUUGAUACUACCUACAAAGUUAAUGCAUAUGACAUGCCUUGUGGAAUUUUUGUUGGUAUUGAUAAUCAUGGGAAGACAAUUAUGUUCGGGUGUGCUCUCCUCCGCAACGAGACAACAAUUACUUUUAAGUGGCUAAUGAAGACCUUUGUUACUAUAAUGAAGAAAGCACCAAAAACUAUCAUAACCGACCAAGACCCAUGGAUGUCUGAGGCUAUUGCGAUUGAGAUGCCAAGUACAAAACACAGUUUCUGUAUUUGGCAUAUCACUUCAAAGUUUAGUUGUUGGUUUGUUGCUCUUCUUCGUGAUAACUACCAAAAGUGGUGUGGAGAUUUUUAUUUGUUAUAUAAGAUGACUGAUCCUGAUGAGUUUGAACAAAAUUGGCCUCUCAUAGUUGGGAAGUAUAACUUGGAAGACAACAAGCACAUCCAAGAAAUUAAUCAAAGGCGUAUACAUUUGAACUUGUCAGCAUCUCUUACACCCACUUCUUUGAAAACAAAAUCACCUUUGGAAGAACAAGUUUCUGGAAUAUUUACGCCAUUUGCUUUUAAAAAGUUUCAACAUGAACUUACAAGAGCAGCUUUGUAUUCUAUAAUUCAUGUGGAAGGUGAUGAAUUUGUAGUGAGAUAUUAUGAAGGGGAAGAUAAAAGAUCUCAUAGAGUCUUUUGGAAUGGUAGUACAACAAGGUGUAGUUGCAAAAAUUUUGAGUUUUGGGGUAUACUUUGCUGCCAUAUAUUACGGGUGUUGUUCCACAAUGAUUGUUUCAAGAUCCCAUCCUUCUAUUUACCUAUACGAUGGUGUUGUGAGGCAUUGCAAGCUACUACUAGUACUCAAGAAGUUGUAGUAGAAGAAAUAUUGUCACUAGGAGAAGUAGUUCCUAACACCCAUGCGAUCAUAGCUGAAGUGUUGCGCCAUCCACAAUCCAAGACUAAAGGGCGUCCCAAAAAGAAGCGUGAGAAAGGUGGAAAAGAAAUAGCAAAAAAGCAGACUAAGAGUUGUUCUAUUUGCAAGCAACCUGGUCAUACGAAACCAACCUGUCCUUUCAAAGAAAAUAUAUGUUCCAUUGCUAAUGCAAAUGAUGGUGUACCACAGAAAAAACAGAAGAUAACAUCCGAAUGUUUAGGACUUAACCCCGUGUUUACUUUGAAGGUUUAA